AUGGCGUCGGUCGCGGUACCAAGAGAUAUCGCCACAGAGAAGGCACAACCGUCACCUACGCCCUCACUACCUUCUUCCUCACAUGGAUCUCCCCAAUCUCGUCCCACAACUUCGAAUGUGAGCGCCAUCACAAGCACCGAAAACCUAAGUAUGAAUGGAACCCUUACGCCACCUCCUCCUGCAUUUCUAAAACCCGCACCUAUACCAACGAACAUGGAGAAGCCUUCCAUGACGAAACGCUUGACUCGAAUGUUCUCUACAAAGGAUCCGAUAAAGUCAGAAAGUAGCUUGACAUCUGCUGCACCCUCCAGCUCCUCUACUCCAAAACCAGCAGAUGGCACCACAUCCCCGCAACCAACACCUUCUAGGCCCGGGUCUUUGUCUCGAAACACAUCCUCACAAGAAAAGAAAAACCUCACAGAUAAAACUAGUGCAGCGCCUACUUCAAAAGAUAAAAAUGGUUCGACAAAGGACAAAAAGGCACCGGCGCCCCAUCAACGAUUUCUUCCUAUGCCUGAUGUACAAGGGGGCCAUGAACAUCAUCUGAAGAGCGCCAAGAGACAGGAGAAACUUGGGGAAAUGCUGCGAGGAUUGAUUAGCGGCAAGGCGAAACAACCCGAGACACACGAAGGGGAACAACAACUCUCGCUCAUGUCAAAUUGGGUGGAUCAACUGAAGCGUGAGAAGGAAUCAUUGGCUACAGAAAAGAAGGGUGGGCCUAAUGCGACUGCAACAUUGGUGGAUAAAUAUGGAAAAUGUAAUGAGGUUAUUGGUCGUGGUGCUUUCGGAAUUGUCAGGAUAUCUCACAAAAGAUCAGAGCAGGGCACAGAACAACUUUAUGCCGUAAAGGAGUUCCGAAGGAGACCCGAAGAGAAUGAAAGAAAAUACAGCAAAAGACUUACAUCCGAAUUCUGUAUAUCUUCUUCAUUACGACACCCUAACGUCAUCCAUACACUCGACCUCCUCCAGGACUCAAAAGGGGACUAUUGUGAGGUGAUGGAGUUUUGUGCCGGUGGUGAUCUCUAUACUCUGGUUCUCGCAGCCGGAAAGCUCGAGGUUGUGGAAGCGGAUUGCUACUUCAAACAGAUGAUGCGAGGUGUUGAAUAUAUGCACGAGAUGGGAGUUGCACAUCGAGAUUUAAAGCCCGAGAACCUUCUUCUGACUACGCAUGGUUCUCUGAAAAUCACAGAUUUUGGGAACGGUGAAUGUUUCCGAAUGGCUUGGGAAAAGGAUGCCCACAUGGUGACUGGACUCUGUGGAUCCGCUCCUUAUAUCGCCCCCGAAGAGUAUAUUGACAAGGAAUUUGAUGCAAGAGCUGUCGAUGUUUGGGCAACAGGUGUCAUCUAUAUGGCAAUGCGUACGGGUCGUCACCUUUGGAGAGUUGCGAAGAAAGAUGAAGAUGAAUUUUUUGAGAGGUAUUUAGAAGGACGAAGAGAUGAGGAGGGGUAUGCUCCCAUUGAGUCAUUACAUCGGGCACGUUGUCGUAAUGUCAUCUACUCGAUACUCGAUCCUAAUCCUCACCGUCGUAUCACUGCUUCGCAAGUUCUCAAGUCCGAAUGGGGCCGUGAGAUAAAACUUUGUCAAGCCGGCGAGGAAGGACUCUGA